AUGGUGAGGCAAGUUGGGGCGACGGAGUGCAAGUAUAAGAGCCAUCUAUUCAAAGGGAUGUGCUUCAAUAAAGACAAGUGCUACUUUAUUUGCCAGUCGGAGGCUUUUGAGCGUGGUCAAUGCGAAGGGAUACGACGUCGUUGUAUGUGCACCAAGACAUGUGAACCUCCUCCUAUGCAGAAGAGCCUCCUCCGUAUGAAGUUGGAUGGGAUGGCGGCCGCCGCGGUGGAGGUGGUAGAGAUUAGAGAGAAGAGAAGGACCUGA